AUGGCUUCUCGCAAUAUCUCAAAGGCCCUCCGUGGCCCUGCCCGCCAGCUUGCUUCCGCUCCCCGUGUUCAGCAGCGAACUUUCGUCUCUGCUGCUCGCGCUGCUGUCCGUGCUGGUGCUGUUGCCCGACCUGUUGCUGCUCCUAUCCAGCAGCAGGUUCGUGGUGUCAAGACCAUGGACUUUGCCGGCCACAAGGAGGACGUCUAUGAGCGUGCCGACUGGCCCCAAGAGAAGCUCCUUGAGUACUUCAAGAACGACACUCUGGCCCUCAUUGGUUACGGAUCUCAGGGUCACGGCCAGGGUCUUAACCUCCGUGACAACGGCCUUAACGUCAUUGUUGGUGUCCGAAAGAACGGAAAGUCCUGGAAGGACGCUGAGCAGGAUGGCUGGGUUGCCGGCAAGAACCUGUUCGAUGUCGACGAGGCCAUCUCCCGUGGUACCAUUGUCAUGAACCUUCUCUCUGAUGCCGCCCAGUCUGAGACUUGGCCCGCCAUCAAGCCCCAGCUCGUUGAGGGCAAGACCCUUUACUUCUCCCACGGUUUCUCCCCCGUCUUCAAGGACCUUACCAAGGUCGAGGUCCCCACCAACAUCGACGUCAUCCUCUGUGCCCCCAAGGGCUCUGGCCGAACCGUCCGAUCCCUCUUCCGUGAGGGCCGUGGUAUCAACUCCUCUUUCGCUGUCUUCCAGGACGUCACUGGCAAGGCCCAGGAGAAGGCUAUCGCUCUCGGUGUCGCCAUCGGCUCCGGUUACCUCUACCAGACCACCUUUGAGAAGGAGGUCUACUCUGACCUCUACGGUGAGCGUGGCUGUCUCAUGGGCGGUAUCCACGGUAUGUUCCUUGCUCAGUACGAGGUCCUCCGUGAGCGUGGCCACUCCCCCAGCGAGGCCUUCAACGAGACCGUUGAGGAGGCUACCCAGUCUCUCUACCCUCUCAUCGGUGCCAACGGUAUGGACUGGAUGUACGAGGCUUGCUCCACCACCGCCCGCCGUGGUGCCAUCGACUGGAGCCCCAAGUUCAAGGAUGCUCUGAAGCCCGUCUUCAACUCCCUCUACGACGCCGUCAAGGAUGGUUCCGAGACCAAGCGAUCUCUCGAGUACAACAGCCAGCCUGACUACCGUGAGAAGUACGAGGCCGAGAUGAAGGAGAUUCGCGAGCUCGAGAUCUGGCGCGCCGGCAAGGCUGUCCGCAGCCUCCGACCCGAGAACCAGAAGUAA